AUGGCUGUGGCGUUAGGCAAGAUAGCACUGAUACUUGACCCGGGUCACGUGACUUCUCCACGUAUUUGUACAUUACCGGACCGGAAAUCCCACCACCGUCCCGCCGCUGCCGUCACACCAAUCCUCUCCGAUAUCGUAUUGAACCUGUUCAAGAUAGAAUCUUUUGAUGGUGGGGAUGUUCGGAAGGAGAAGUAUUUUGUGAAGAAAGGGAAGGGGUUAAAGUCCAAGGUGGAUGCUGUGGACUAUGAGAAUUCCAGCGACGACGAGAAUGGGAACGGAAACGGGUAUAACGGGGAUGGUGAUGAAGAAGGAGAGAAUGGGUUUGAUUGGGAGAAAGAGAUGAGGAAAAGGGUAAAAGAAAUUGAGGAAUUCAGGGAGCUGGAAAAGAAGGCGGAAGAAGUGCAGAACAGAGUGGACGAGGAGUUUAAGGAAAGUGGUGAGGAGGAUAAGGAAGAGACUGAGGAAGAAAAACGUAUGAGAGUCCGAAAAGAGCUUGAAAAGGUAGCAAAGGAGCAAGCUGAACGAAGAAAAAUGGCUGAGUUGAUGUUUGAUUUGGGCCAGAAGGCUUAUGGGAGGGGAACGUAUGGACGUGCCAUUGAGUUUCUUGAAGCAGCACUAACCAUCAUUCCCCGGCCAACUUUGUUUGGUGGCGAGAUACAAAUAUGGCUUGCUAUGGCCUAUGAAGCGAACAAUCGCCAUGCUGAUUGCAUAGCUCUUUACAAGCAGCUGGAACAAAAACAUCCAUCUGUCAGUAUCCGGCGGCAAGCUGCAGAGCUGCGUUACAUUUUGCAAGCUCCUAAAAUAAAGAUUACUCAGGAAGAGAUGGUCAGCAUACCAUUGAUAGGAUCAAGCUAUGACAGUUAUGCAGGAACAUGGAGUGAUAAAUACAAGGACAAAGAUGAAAAGAGAAGUUACUCCACCACGAAUCAGCUCCCAUCGAACAGAGACUACUUGGGGGACCUUCUGCAGUGGAAGCCCCCAAUUGGUCUGGAAAAAAGCCAAACUUUUUGGAUAGCUUUGACACUCUGGGUAGGGCUCGUUGGAGCUGCCUUAUUUCUGCAAAAUUAA